AACCAAACAGCUGAAAGGAGAUUUGCCCUUAUUCCGGAGUAGGGUUACUCUUCGCCCCUACCAGAUCUCUUCUUCUUAGGCGCCAAAUUGCACCAUCACUUUCUCAAAACCAAACUGAUAGAUGGUUAAAUUGUAUUCUUAAUAUCCGAAGAAUGGGUAGCCAAGCUCCUGCAAGCAAUGAUCGUUCAAGGACAUACUGGACGCCAACUAUGGAACGGUUUUUUAUUGAUCUUAUGUUGGAGCAUAUGCAUAGAGGGAAUCGGAUUGGCCAUACAUUCAACAAGCAAGCAUGGACAGAUAUGCUUGCUGUGUUUAAUUCAAAAUUUGGAUCUCAAUAUGACAAAGAUGUUCUGAAAAGUCGUUAUACAAAUUUAUGGAAGCAAUUCAAUGAUAUCAAGAAUCUUCUCGGCCAGAGUGGGUUUUCUUGGGAUGAGACACGGCAAAUGGUGGUAGCUGAUGACCUUGUGUGGGAUGUAUAUAUUAAGGCUCACCCAGAUGCACGGACAUACAAGACCAAAUCUUUGCUGAACUUUAAUGAUCUAUGCUUGAUAUAUGGUUAUACAACUGCUGAUGGAAGAUACAGCCGUUCAAGUCAUGACAUGGAUAUUGAUGAUGAACUCCAAGGAAUUAAUUUGGGUGAUGGAAUCAGUAGCCUAGCCCCUCCAAAUAGUGAGCGUUCAAGGACAGAGUGGACCACUGAGAUGGAUGAAUAUUUUAUCGAGCUGAUGCUUAACCAACAAGAAAGAGGCAAUAAGCUGGAUAAUACAUUCAACAAACAAGCAUGGACGGAUAUGCUUACUUCGUUCAAUGCAAAAUUUGGUCCCCAACAUAGCAGAAGGGUUUUGAGACACAGAUACAAUAAAUUGUUGAAGUACUACAGUGAUAUAACAUUACUGCUUAAACAAAAUGGUUUUUCCUGGGAUGAGACACACCAAAUGAUAGUGGCUGAUGAAGGUGUUUGGGAUGCUUAUACCAAGGCACACCCACAAGCGCGGUCCUAUAGAACAAAAAUGUUGCCGAAUUAUAAAACUUUGAGAUUGAUUUUUGGAGAUGCAAUCAACGAUGGAAUUCAGAGUGAUUUACAUCAGGACAAAGAUUUUAAAGAUGACAUCUCAGGAACAAAGACUGGUAGUGCACGUUCAAGAACAUAUUGGACACCACCGAUGGAUCGUUAUCUCAUUGACUUGUUGCUAGAGCAGGUGCAUAGAGGGAAUAGAAUUGGACAGACAUUCAUUACGCAGGCUUGGAUUCACAUGGUUAAAUCAUUCAAUGCAAAAUUCAAAUCUCACCAUGAUCGAGAUGUUCUGAAGAACCGAUACAAACAUUUGAGGAGAGUGUACAAUGAUGUUAAGAAUCUUCUUGAGCAGAGCGGGUUUUCCUGGGAUGAGACACGAGAGAUGGUGACAGCUGAAGAUCACAUUUGGGAUGCUUAUAUCAAGGCACAUCCUGAUGCUCGAUCAUACAGAGUUAAAACCGCACCAAGCUAUCACAAAUUAUGUAUCAUUUAUGGGCAAAAUAAUUCUGAUGGAAGAUACAGUCGUUUGGCUCUCAAUGUCGACCCAGACAAUGAAAUUGUUCUUAUCACAACAGGUGAAGCAGAGGAUGGUCAAUUCCCUGCUAAUAGGGCAGAUCCGAUGAUAGAUUGGACCCCACCAAUGGACCGCCAUUUUAUUGACCUUAUGUUAGAGCUGUUGCAUCAAGGGAAUAAAGUUGAGCAUACAUUCAACGAACAAGCUUGGGUUCACAUGAUCGUGUCAUUUCAUGAAAAAUUUGGGCUUCAAUACGACAGAUGUGUGCUAGAAAAUCGGUAUAUGCACUUGAUGAAACAGUACAUUGACAUCAGCAGUCUUCUCAAUCAGAAUGGAUUUGCAUGGGAUGAAGCUCAUCAAAUAGUUGCAGCUGAUGAUGAUGCAUGGGAAGCUUAUAUCAAGGACCACCCUGAUGCAAUCUUGUACAAAGAUAAAAUCUUGGGACAUUACAAUGAUUUAUGCAUGAUUUUUGGAAGCGGUAUAACGGAUGAACAGCUGAGCUUUCAAGUCUUGGGGAUAGAAACUGACUAUAAUUCCCUAAUUAUGGGGAUCAAAGAAGUUCCUGGAGAUAUACAACUCCAAGAUAUUGGAAUUAAGACGUGUGAUCAAAGCAAAAAGCGCCCAGCUGUGACACCAUCAGUCUCGGGACGUUCUAGCAAAGUGCAGAAAACUGGCAAGGAGGAAAUGCAAGAAGCUUUUACUGACAUGGCCGAUGUAUUUGCAAAAUUGGUGGGUAAGAAAGCAGACAAGAAGUUCGUCUCAAUUGAAAACGCCAUUGAUGCACUUCAAGCGAUACCUGACAUAGACGAUGACCUUUUAUUGGAUGCUUGCGAUCUUCUCGAAGAUGAGAGAAAAGCAAAGACAUUUUUGGCAUUGGAUGCCACACUUCGAAAGAAGUGGCUACUUAGAAAGCUUGGUCGCUUAGGGUAGAUGGGGCUUUUUUUUUUUUUUGGUACGUAGUUUUUGAGCAAGCUUUGCCAGAGAUUUUGGAACUUUUAGUUUUUCUGUUAAUACACCCUGUGAGUUUUUUUAGCAGGUUUUCCUGGUGAGCAGUUGUGCAUAAGAUGUUAAUCAAUGGUACAGAUGUUGCAGCAUUUCUGUAUUAUGUCCAAGAAAUAAAAUCCUAAUUAGUUGUGUACUGAUUCAACUCAGCCUUUUAAGGUUUCUUGACAUGAUCUGUAAAUCUCAGUGAAGUUCAAGAUCAACACUUUUCUCCCUCAA